UCGUGGAGUGAAGUCGUGUUAUGUGAUUGCGCGUCCGCCGCGAAGUUUAGCCCACUCGGAUAUCGAAAAGAGUAAUCAUCUUUAGAGAAAAGAUCGAGACGUUUAUUGGACUUGAGUUUUGUUUGUGGUGAUCGGACAUUCGAAAGAUAUUACUACAAUGGAACAAAUAACGAAGUACCUUAUCAUCAUCGCUUCCCUAAUGACAGUGAAACUAACAGUCACAGAAAGCAAAAAUGAUACAAAACCGAAAAUCGAAAGAAGAUACUACAAUGUACCUGCAUUUAUCAAUGUUUGUGACAUAAAGGAUCGUAGAUCCAAAAUUCAUUGCUAUUGUGAUAGUGGUAAACCAAAAAUGGCCACUAAAGCAGACUGCUGGGUUUUUGGUGGGGGGUUGACAGAAGACGAUCCUAUAUGGCCAAAUUUCUCAUCUCAGUCUGAAAUAGAGGACCUAAUGUUUAAUGUUAGAUCAGAUGAUGGACUCACUUUCAUCCCAGCUAAAGCAGUCGUUAGACUUGAUAAUCUCAAAUAUUUGUCUAUACAGUUUGCAAGUAUAAAUAUUAUACCACCUUACGCUUUCACUAAUUCAUCUACCAUAAAACAGAUCGUGUUGAAAGUAAACAAGAUCACAACACUGGAGAAACAUUCGUUUGCUCAAAUGAUGAUGCUAUCAAAUUUGAGCCUGGAAGAUAAUUCUAUAUCAGAACUGAGAAGAGAUGUCUUCUUCAAUUUACCAAAUUUACACAUCUUGAAUUUAUCGAAUAACAACUUGAGUUUAAUUCACGAAGGCUGUUUCAAGCAUUUGAAUAAUCUAAUAGAAUUACGAUUGGACAAUAAUUUAAUAUCAGUUAUAACAAAAGAAACUUUAGAAGGACUGGAAAAUCUUUCGAGGCUGAACUUGAGACAUAAUAAACUGACAAUGAUUGGAAAUUUAGCAUUCAGUGAAACUUGGAGUUUAAAAGAACUCAUGCUUGAUAAUAAUGCUCUUGAAUAUAUAUCAGAUAGAGCUUUUGGUGGACUAACUCAACUAAGAAAGCUGACAUUGGCCAAUAACAGAUUAACAGGUUUCUACGAAGAUAUUCUGGAAGACAUACGAAGUGUUAUAUUAUUAGAUUUAAGGGACAAUUUGUUAGAUACCAUUUCUUACGAAUCUGUUCGCCCAGUUAUAGAAAAUGAUAAAUCUGUAUCAGCAGUAGUGUAUUUGGAUGGUAACCCACUCAACUGUAAUUGUCGUCUGUCUUGGAUAUACGCGCUGCGUAAUGAGACCAAAGACAACAGUCUGAAGUACGCCCUCGAAAAAGUAUCUUGUGUCACGGAUCCUGUACCCGACAGGCUUUCGAACGCUGAAGAUGACAACGAGAACGACAAGAUCAAUGUACUAUCCGACGAUAGUUACGACUAUUACGACAAAAACGUCGAGUACGACAGCGAAGCGAAAGUCAAGAGUACUGAGAAAAAACUCGUCGAUAUACCCCUCGAAACAUUGCCGUGCCCAAAGGAAAUUAUGCAGUCUAUAGAGGAGUCGUACGGACAUCCCGUGCAAAACGAAAUUAGGCUGAAAGCUUUCUCUUCCGCCAGCAGAAUUGCAGCUAAUUCGAUCCUACCCUCUUUACUCGUUAAAUUAAUGCUUAAGUUAUAAAUAAGCUGGAGUGAAACAAAGAUAUUUGUGAUAUUAGAUGUUAAUAUAAAAACCUGCAACUUCUUGUAAAUUUCGUACUCGGGUAAACGCUGUUUCAUUUGCGAUUUGUAAAUGUUGACCUAUUAGUAAGUACAGUACACGAAUGUAAAUAAGACGACACUAAUUUCGUAUGCAUAGAGUUGUUUCGGUAUAUACUAACGCACUUUCAAUUAAGCAACAGGCUAUAUAAACGUAACAAUUACGAAUAAUUUAUUUGCUAACGUUUUAGUAUAACUUUAUGCGCAAGGUUCAUAUCGGGUAAACAUAUCAUACAUAUAUAACAGUUUUUUAAUGACAGUAAAGGAAAUUUAUUAUGAUUUAGAUGAGUUGUUUUAAGGAAUACAUUCAGUCAAUAUAAUGAAUUCACUUUAUAAUGUUAAUGUUACGUCAUAAAAUCGUUUUAUAAUAUUGUUUUCAACAUUGCUGCAUCGAGUGGUAUAGUAUUACAUAAUUUUUGAAGAUAAAGAUGUUUGAUCAGAACAAUUAACGUAGAAAAAUAUAUUGUGAAAUUUCGACGAAGUUGAAAAAGGAAACUUUAGCUUUCCUCAUUCCGUCAUUGUGACUCGCUAUGACUUGCCGCCGCAUAAAAAUAAUAAAUGAGCAUCGGCGAAGUUUGCCGAACCCCAACAACACAAAACAAACCCCCGCAAAAUUGUUUCUUUUUUUCACUCCUUCUACAUUUUUAUACGGGUUCGAGUUUAUACUUUUUUAAUUAAUGCUUCGAUAAUAUCUCGGACUUGGAAGAGAGAAAAAUUGGACAAUAGAAAACGUCAGGACUAAGUUUUAUUUUUUCAUUAAAAUGUGGACUGUAAAAUAC